AACAACAACAACAACAACAUUCACAUCUUCAGCAACUGUGCGACAACUGCGUUUUGGGUGCGUUUCGUGCGCGUUUUUCGCGCGCGUUUUUUAAUUAAUUUGAAAUCGCGCUUGCCCUUUUUUUGUCUUUGGUUUCGGUUUGGUUGUGCGUGUGUGUGUGUGUCCGAGCGGAAAUCAGCAAUUUAAUUUACAAUAAGACGCUUGCCAAGGAGGCACCCGAAAGUGGAGCAAAAACCCAUAAAAAAGAAGCAAAAUAAAGGAAAGUCAAAGAAGAAGAAGCCAAAAUGUUCGCGGGCAUCAGGAAGAGACUAGCACGCAAACAAAACGAGAAGGAUUGCGACGAGGAUGACAAGGACGAUGUGCAUGAUAUAAUGCCGCCAGCGAACUAUAUACAAAUAUCGCAGGGCAAAAUUCAAUUGGUGCAUCAGGCGCGCUCGCUGGAGCACGAGCCAGCGCUCAGCUUGGAGCGUGCCAGCGACAAGGAUUUGUUAUUGGAAAGGCGCAUGAUUGAGAUUGAAGGCGCGCUGCUGCGUUUGCAGGAGCAGUUCCAAAAAAGCCAAUGCGGGUCGCCAACGUUUGAGAAGGAGCUGCGCGAGCAAAUCGAAAACAUGAAUCGCAUUAUGAAAUCCAAAGAACGCAAACAACUGCAAACAUGUCGGGAUCACAAGGCCCUGCAGACACGCUUUGCACGCCAGGAGAGUCUGCUACACACGAUGCAGCAGGAGAAUCGAGCCCUGCUAACACGAAUACGACAGUACGAGCACUGCCUGGACGAUGUGAUGCGCAAGGUGGUGGACGCUAUUGUGGCCGAGGAUAAUCUGCGGGAGGAGGUGAGCAUGUUGAAGAGUCGCGUGCGCGAUCUGGAGGCACAGAAUGCAGCGCUGUCAGCGAGCCCGGUCAAAGGACGUGAUGAGGGUUACUGCACGAUGAGCAGCGGUCAGCCGCAGCCAUCGAAUGGGCAUCUGGAAGAUCUGCCCGAGGAGCCGGAGCAAUGGCUGCUGCCUGCAGAGCCCUGCUCCACGGAAAUGGAAGACUGGAGCAUGUCGCAGGAGGAGCUGGCUGUGAUAACCUUCGACGACGAACGCGAUCGGCAACAGCUGCAGCUGCAGCGACGCAAACGAGAGCACGAUUGGCUUUGGCCCUCGAGCGAUUUCAUCAAUUCGACGACCGUGGAGACGGAUGAUUCUGUGGCCGAUGGAAUUGCCCAGCUUUUGCAGCAGAAGCUUGUCUACUCGGAGGACGAGGAGGUUGCCUGCACGAACUUUACCAACGACUUCUAUAAGCUGGUCAACAUACGCUCCAAUUCUUCGCGCAGCCUCUUCUCUUAUGUGGAAGGCGAGACUGAUGAUGAGGACGAUGAGGAUGAGGAAGAUGAGCAGGACUCAAGCAUGUCGGAGAGUCAGAUUAAGCAACGCGUCAGUCCGACGCCCAGCGAGGCGGGUCGUGCCCAACUGACCAGCUGCUCCUCCAGCGAAACCGAUGAGCACUCUGUGGCGCCUCUGCCGCAACAGCAGGCGGAAGCAGAGGAGGAUGAAGAUGAGCAUGAUUAUGCGGUCAUUGACGAAUGCCGAAGACGUGUGAGCGACAUCGAGAUCGAGGAUGUGCCGCUGGUGAAGAGCUCGUCACCUCCUCUCAACGAACAGCAAUGCAUUGCGCAAAUCAUCAAGACAGAGCUGCGUCGCCCACCCCAUGUACUGGUGAAGUCCAAGUCAGUGCUAGAGGAGCAGGAGCCCAGCUGCAUAUUGCGCCACAAUCAGCGCCGUGAGCUCGAGUCCAGCGUGGUGCGCAGCGACAGCAUCAGCUGUGCGCUGAUGGCUAAAAUGGCCAAAGAUUCGCCACCCUCGCCAGCGGUGGUAUCGAAGCUGAAAGAGCGCCUACUGCAGCGGCACCCAGCGAAUCCAACGGCCAACUCCUGGCGUCGCAGCAAUGGCUGGAAGCGUGUCACCUCUCCAGUUGCCGGAUCACCCAAAAAGGAAACAACAAAGACAACGGAGCUGCCAAAGAGCUGCCAGCAAAAGGCGCCGCCAACACGUAUACCCACGUGCAUACACACUACAUCAACCACAUCCUCUAUCAGUUCAUCCUGCUCCUCCUCAACGCCCUCUUCGCCCUCGCCGCCAAAGCAGACGCAGAAACUGACACAACAGCAGCAGAAGCAACAGUCGAAGCAACAGCAACCUUCGCAGCAGCGCAAAUCCAAAAUUCCGCCACCUGUACCCGUGCGUCGUUCCUAUGCCAGCUAAGAGACGCCCCAAUCCCCCUCUAAACAUAAUCUCAAACAGAAUUCUAUAAAUUGAUAGCGACAGAGCGAAUAGCCAAGUGCAUUCGCCAUAGAUUUAAAGAUUUAAAAGACUAAAUUGUGAUAUAUAUUCAAACUAAAAACGAGAGAAGUAGCAGGAGAGGGCGUGCACGCACGAAUCUAACAUAUUUAUAUUAUAUAUACACACACCUAUAUAUAUAUAUAUUUAAGAUUUUUGGAUAAUGUUUACUACAGUCGAUACAAGGCUCGACGUACUCUAUACAGUUUAGUAGAGCAACGCUCGCAGUUACAAGUUCCCAAAUUGCAUUUCCAAACUGAUCAAA